GCAGAACUGUGCAAGGCUGUGAGGAAAUAGCUGAAUAAAUUUCAAAUACCUCUUAUUAACAAUUUAUGAUUAAUCCGACGGUUAGAUAUCUAAUAUUCUCGUCAGAAUCAUUGACAUAUUAAAAACGAUUUUCUAUAUUUCAUUGAAUGCAUCAUUUUCGCUCACUGUGAUUGGUUACGAGUCGCCCGUUGGUCUCCUGAUCCGGAAGAAGGAAGAAAGAGAAGAAAAGUGGUGACAGCAGAGGUAUGGAAUAUGGCAGCAACUGAACCUCAGUCUAUGUUAAGCGUUGGAUUGAUUGAAAAAGAUGUGAACGGGGACACUCUUUGGGUGUGGUGCUAUCCUGCGGUAGGCGCAGAACUUCGGCAAGUCCUGCUCAGCAAGUGCUGCCUGACACAGAACAAGGAAGAUUUUCACACGUUUGUGUUUGGCCAGUUCUGUCGUACUUGGUAUUACAUUAGCACAGUGGAGGUACAGGAGCCUACAGCUUUAAACAAGGUUACUCAUUUGUCAGUUGUAGUUACUGCAAGAGACUUCAACCCCGAGAAAUAUGCUGCACUUAAUCGAAUACUCUGCAGGAUGUACAUCAAAUAUGGCAGUCCCGUGAAAAUGAUGGAGGUGUACAUCGCUGUCCUCACCAAAGGUAUUUGCCAGAGUGAAGAGAAUGGCUCAUUUCUAAUCAAGGACUACGAUGUUCACAAGGCCUUCCUGGCAGGAUCAAUCAAAGAGGUGGCAUCUCAGUUUGGCAUGGAGACCAUUAUCUUGUACACAGCUGUCAUGCUAAAAAAGCGGAUUGCUGUCCACCACCCUCGAAUUGAAGCCUUGUUAGAAUUCACAAGAGUUCUUCCUGCUCUCGCAUGGCACAGGAAAGAUUGGUCUGUCCUGCAUCCAUGUGUGCACCUGACAGAUACUGAACUGGAGCACCUCAGUAAAUGCCCAGGGUAUAUAGCAGGAUUUAUUGAUCCAGAGGUGAGCAACAGAUCGGAUCUGUUUGAUGUGUAUGUGAGCCUCCCAGACAGCACCAUCAAUGUGCCAGAGAGCGCCAAAGAGGCAAUGAUGAUGGGGAAGUUACACAAGGAAAUCGGCCAUCUUAUUGUUCAGUGUACAGAAGAUGGAGAGAAGUCAGAUAGUCAAGUCAUUAAGGACAUUUCUUUGAAGACUAAACAGAUUCUUGGUCAUUUGAGGACUUUGGCUGGUGAGUGUGAAGGCUCAAAAGUUACUCUGGAACAUUUAAAGCAGCAACAUUUCCCUCCGGCAACGGAAAACUUCCUGUUUCAUCUGGCUGCUGCCGAGCAACUUUUACGGAUAUGAUGGAUUUUCAGAUCCUGUCUUAAAGGGUGACAGUUUGGGUACACCUGCCACUUCAGCAGACUCUUAUGACAAUAAUAUUGUUCACUUAAAAAAAAUCCUAAAUUUGUUCAUGUACAUCCAUUGUACGACUAAAAUGUGGUACACUGACGUAUUUUUUUUCCCCCCCCCAAAAAAAAAAAACAUUUCAAGGACUAUUUCUUUGUGCCAAAUGUGGCACUAUUUUUUCCAUGAAGUACGAGUUUGGUUUUUUUUUAGACCUCAGAAUGCAAACCAAGAAAUGACCUUGUAACUGCUCAUUUGGCUGUGUUUUGGCUGAAACACUGUCUUUGUGCCUCAUUGAUACAUGCUGUGUAAGUCGUUCCCAAAGGAUGCAGUAAUAUUUGCUUUAAAAGAUUGUUUUUCCCAACAAUAUAAAAAGUUCAUGUGUGUCCAAAGCUUGUUAGAAUACUCCAAGGAUCAAGAAUUACAAUACACUUCAGACCCCAAUUUUUCAAAAGCCUGUUCUGAGGGAUUGGUCCUGUUUAAUGAAAAUGAGCACACGAAAAUACCGCCUGCUGUACUUUGACCAAGUAAUCCUUUUAUUUCCAUGACGACCAUGGGCAUGGUUCUCAGGCUUAACCCAGGAAGCUUCAAGUUGAGGUAGAGGAGACCAGAGUGUGGGGGACAAAAAAAAAUGAGCACCCAUAGAUUUAAAAAUAUUUCACCCGUGAAGUCACUUCUAUCAACUAUGUGUCACUCAUCAAAAUCUAACGCUAACACUAAUCUGUGAAGGAGGGCUGAGAAGGGGGGGGUAGUGUGGAUAUGAUUAGAAGCGAGACAAUUAUGAAAAUGAAGAUGAGCUGGCUAAUAGACAUAAUCACAAUAGGCAGAUAAAAGAUUUGCUCGUUUGUUUAUUGUCAUACCUGAAGGGUGAGCAGCCACUCUUUGCUAGUCAAUGUUUCACAUCGCCUUUCAGGACAAAAAAAAAUGUCUUGUUUGCCAUAGUGAUAGCAAUACUUAUACCAUUUUAAACCAAGUCAGUUUUUCUAUUUAAUUGAGUUGCUAAUCAUUUCAGAUGUGUUCAAACAGGUGUUUAAAUUUAUCUAGUCAACAAAAUAUUAGAUUGUGUCUCAUUUCAAGCUCUGUUCUUUAAUUAUUAUGAAUAAUAAAUCGUUGCUUUGUGGGAUA